CCCGAGUGCCGGAACCUGUUAUUGUCCUGAGGUCUAGCAGCACGCUGACACAUCAUGGCUUUCUUCAUUCACCAGAUCUGCAGAGGUUUUUCCUCUUCAGCUGUCAGGAAUGCCGUUAUUAAGCAUGUAACAGUCAUUGGAAGUGGGCAGUUGGGUGCAGGAAUUGCACAGACUGCAGCAUCAACUGGCCACUCAGUGGCGCUGGUGGACAUAAAUGACGACAUCCUCAAAAAGGCUAUCAAAGGAAUUGAAGGGAACCUUAAAAGAGUGGUGAAGAAGAAGUUUGCUGAUCAGCCAGAGGCAGGUGAGGAGUUUAUUCAGAUGGUCAUGCAGAAUGUGUCAACAUCAACAGAUGCGGAGUCUGUAGUUCAGGACACGGAUAUUGUGGUGGAGGCCAUUGUGGAAAAUCUAAAAAUCAAACAGGAUCUCUUUGGUUGGCUUGACAAGCUGGCACCAGCACUCACAAUCUUUGCCAGCAACACAUCCUCCAUUCCCAUUACCGACAUUGCCAGCUCCACCAGCAGGUUGGAUAGAUUCGGUGGCCUUCACUUUUUCAAUCCGGUCACCAUCAUGAAGCUUGUAGAGGUCAUCGCAACCUCAGAAACAAGCCAAGAGACUUUAGAUUCCCUCCUAAACUUCAGCAAAAGUCUUGGAAAAAUACCAGUGUCCUGCAAGGAUACACCUGGAUUCAUUGUAAACCGCCUAUAUACUCCCUACCUAGUGGAUGCCAUGAAGCUGCAUGAGAGGGGUCACGGAUCCAUAGAGGACAUCGACACCGUCAUUAAACUUGGUCUUGGGAAUCCCAUGGGACCCUUUGAGCUCAUGGAUCAUAUCGGACUAGACACUAUGAAGUCCAUCAUUGAUAGUCUUCAUGUUGCGAUUCCUGACCACCCACUCUUUACCCCACCUGAACUGUUCACCAAAAUGGUUGCAGAGGGCAAAUUGGGCAGAAAGACAGGAGAGGGAUUCUACAAGUACAAGUAAUUUACUCAGAAAACAAGCCAUCCAGCACUGAUAAAAAACAGUGCUUGUGCCUUCUAUAAUUCCUAACUUCUCACUUUAACUUGUAACUUUGUCUUUAAUUGCUUUAGUUGGCUCUAGUUCUUUUUUUCUAUUUACCUUUACUCGUAUACUUGCUGUACCUCUUAUUUUGUUUAUCUGAAAUUAUUUCAAUUUCUUGUCCUGCUGCAACAUCUGAAUUUUUCCUCUGGGGAUAAAUAAGGCUUACCUUGUCUUAUCAAGAUUGGCUUUUAUCUGUCAUUUCAUUAUCUUAUGCAUGUCCACUGAAUGACUUCUUUUGUGAUAGAAGAUUAUAGAUUAAAUCUGACUGAAUUA